AUGCCUAAAUGGUCAGACCCUUUGAAUCAUUUAGCCUAUGCAGAUGACACUAUCAUUUUUGCUUCAGCUGAUCCCUACUCUCUUCAGAAGAUAAUUGAUGUAUUAACGGUGUAUGAAAGGAUAUCCGGCCAGAUGCUCAAUAAGACAAAGAGCUCCUUCUACAUGCAUUCAAAGGUGUCUGGUACUUUGGUGAACUCUGUAGCUGCCAUCACAGGUUUAUCAAAGGGAAGCUUUCCAUUUACUUACCUUGGCUGCCCUAUCUUUUACACUAGAAGAAGGAAAAAUUACUACAAUGAUCUGAUUCAAAAGGUUAAGGCAAAGCUUCACUCAUGGAAAGUGUUAGAUCCUCCUGGUAAUGUGUUGGAACACCUUCACAAGAUAUUUGCAAGAUUCUUUUGGAGUAAUAAGGAAGAGGGGAGAAGCAGACAUUGGACAAAAUGGAAAAACCUAUGUCUACCUAAGGAGGAGGGGGAAUAG